AUGUCUACAACACAGACAACAAACAGCGCCCCAACUUCCGCCCAAAAGAAGUCCGCCGAUAUCAAGUGUGUCCAAACCACCAAGGGAUGGGUCUGCGCUCUUUGCUUCCCUCUCGGACAUCCUAGUCGUGCUCUUGAGCGUGUUAUGAACCUUGCUGAGCUCAGAACUCAUGCUGCUGGAAAUCAUUAUGCUUCUCUCGGACAAGAUGAAUGGGAUAACUAUGGCAAGUCAAAUCAUUCGCUACUAUCACAACUCUUGCUAACUAGCAUCAUAGUCAAGAAAUCUGUUUACUUCGAGGCACAAUUUAGAAACCAAAGCAGUCUUGGUUUGAACAAUGGUGUCAUGUAUGCCCCUCCUACUAUUGCUUCUCAAAAGACACCUACCAACAAAGCCGGUUUUCUCAAGCGCACAUACGUUAAGAAGGCUAAGCCUGCUACCGCCGAGUCUGCAUUUGAUCUCAUGGAAACAAUGAUCAAUUUCAAUCCCAUCGCUAACGAUGAUGCCACUAACUUUGCAUCGCCAGCUACUCCACCAUCCAAAGUUGGUCCUUCAGUCGAUCCAUAUGCAUAUCUCCAAUUCGAUAUGGCCCCACAAGAUGACUUUGAAAUUGUCGCAUCACCAAACACACCAUCUCGCAAGAAGACGACCACUCCCAAGAAUCCUCUUCGUCAACGAUUGAGUGAAAACCCUUCAUUUGAAUCCGCAGUUUCUGUUCACGGCCUCGCUAAAGUCCAAGCUGCUGGUAACAUUGGCCUUCAACGAUAUCUCGAUCGACAAGCUCGUGGUCUUCCUCGCACAUCCAACAUCCCCCUUCAAUUGGCUCCGACUCCUCGAAACGGUACCAUGGAUCUUCCUCUUACUGCUGCAAACUAUGCCGCUGCUGGUAUGCCAAAUAUUCAUGUUGAUAAGGCUACUAGACGUACCAAGAAGAUUGAUCGUCGUCGUCAAGGAUCCACUUCUCUCGAUAUUGCUGAUGCUGCUGCAGUCAACACCUUUCAGUUGACUAACACUGCUACGACCAACACCUCGCUCAAUAUUUUUGGUGUUCCGACUGCUAUCUUUGGCCAAGCUCCCGGAGCUGCUUAUAAAUCUCAUGCAUACAAAUCUAUCUAUGCGGAUGCUCCUUCGCAAGAACAGCUUCCACUUCCUGAGAUUUCUUUUCCCGGUCUCUCUUUUGCAGAUCAAUCGCUCAACAAUGCUAGUCUCAAUGACAUUCGCGAAGCUUUCGACUUCGACGCAUAUAUGACAGACCCCAACUGCACCUUUGGCAACGAUUCAACUGUUGAAAAUACAGCUCCACAACAAAAUACCGAUAACUUCGAUGACUUCUUCGCAUGGGCUGGCAUUCCAAACCAAAAUGUAGCCCCCUCGAACAAUACCGAGAAAUUUGAUGCCGAUUUCUUCAGCAUCGCUAAUAUCGCUAACGCAAACAGCUCGGAAAUCGAUGCUAUGUUGGGUUAUGAUCAUUCUUCCUCUCCUCAGAGUAACAGCAAUAACUUUACAAUCUUCAAGGCCACUUCUUUUGAAUAUGGUCCUGCGGGUGUCCAAGCCUUGAAGGAUGCUGAAGCAAUCAUUUCCGCUCGCUCAUCUUUAUCUAGAGCUAGCUCGACUGCUUCUGCUUCUUCGUCAACUGUUUCAUCACCUUGUUCAACUGGGUCGAACAACUCUUCUGUCACCGAAGCUUCCGCACCGGCCACCAAGACUCUUCCUGGCGCUGUUGCUCUAAACAUGGUUGCUGUACCACUUUCUAUACAAGAGCUGAAGGCUGCCAAUAAGGCAUUAACACAAGAGCUCGCAUUCCAAAAGGGCUUGCACCAGGCAGAUGUUAGACGCCGCAAGCUUGAGGAAAAGAAGGCUAUCCAACGCCGCGAAAAUGAAGCUCGGAUCAAGAAGAAGACUGAGGCUCGAUAUCAGAGAUUGAAGGAUCAGAGAAAGGCCAAUGAAGUUCUGACAAAACAAUUGGCGGACCAGAAGAAAACCAACGACGGAUUGAGACAGCUGCUGGCACAGGAAAAGACCUCGCGCAAGGAAGAUAAGGAACGCCACAAUGCUGAGUUCAAGGCACAGACUGAGCUCGUUGUUGAAGCCAAUGCCACCAUUUCGCGACUAAAUUCCGAGAUUGAUAUGCAGAAGAAAAAAACCCGUCAGAAGGCCCAAGUAGUAGCUACCACUAGCACUAGAGAGGCUGAGGCCAUGCGAGCUCCUGUCAUGCAGAAGCCUACUAUCGACAGAAGAAAGCUUCUCGCUGCCAAGAAACCCAUUGCUUCCGUCCAGGCACCCGAAAGACUUGUCUCAGCCUAUGAUCAACGCAGAAAGACAACUCACCCCUCCAAUGUCGCUACCGCAAUUAAUUCAACUCGCGCUUCAAAUUCUAGAAAGCGAGCUGCUCCUGAAGCACCAGCUACUUAUUCUACUAGAGAACAUGUCAUCAAGAAGGCACGAAUUACUGUUGCAGGCGAUGCACCAAGAAAGCUCGUUCCAGAUGGCAAAGGAGGAUAUCAUUGGAGUAAUAAGUUUGAUACUUCAGACAAGCUUGUAGGAGAAGCAAAGAAGGAAGCGGAGGAGGAGCACAAUAAACAGUGGUUGAAAAUUAUGAAUGAGCAUACGGAUAACAAAGUUCCUGGCAAUUCAUUGGGAAUUCGAGGUCAUCUUCCUGAUCCCAAGCGCUUCAAUGAUAAUGGUCGAUUCUAA